AUGCGUAUCGCACCGUCCGCCGCUUUCGCCGCCCUCGUGGCCCUGGCAUCCGCUGAGAACUACCUCGGCUUCAACUCCGGCUCGACCAAGACCGACCGCUCGGCCAAGUUCAAGUCAGACUUCGUCGCCGAGUUCACCACCGCCCAGAACCUCGACAAGUCUCCCGGCAAGUUCAACGCCGUCCGUCUCUACACCAACAUCCAGGCCUACUCCCAGGAUGAUCCGAUCGAGGCCUUCGAGGCUGCCAUCGACACCAAGACUAAGAUUCUGCUCGGUGUCUGGGCCUCUGGCACCGAUAACAUCGACAAGGAGCUGAGCGCUCUUAAGAAGGCCGUGACCAAGUAUGGCACCAAGUUUACCGACCUCGUCAUCGGCAUCUCUAUCGGCAGCGAGGACCUGUACCGCAACUCGGUCACCGGUGUCACCAACAAGGCCGGCGUCGGUGCCCAGCCCGACACUCUCGUUGGCUUCAUCAAUGAUUUCAAGAAGACCUUCAAGGACGGCCCUCUGGGUAAGACCCCCGUCGGCCACGUCGACACCUGGGACGUCUGGCCCAACGCGACCAACAAGGCAGUCCUCGACGCCCUUGACUGGGUUGGUGUCGACGAGUACCCCUACUACGAGAACGGCAAGGGCAACGGCAUCAAGAACUCUGGCCAGCUCUUCGACCGUGCCUUUGAUGCCACUGUCGCCGCCGCUGGUGGCAAGCCUGUCUGGGUCACCGAGACCGGUUGGCCCGCCUCGGGUCCCGACUGGGACCUGGCCGUCCCCAGCGUUCAGAACGCCAAGUACUACUGGAACGAGGUUGGAUGCCGUAAGCUCUUCGGCAAGGUCCCCACCUUCUGGUACAAUCUGCGCGACUCCAACCCGGACAACAAGCAGAGCUUCGCCAUCACUAAGGAUCUGAGCACCAAGCCACUCUUUGACCUGUCGUGCCCUACCACCUUCGAGACCCCUGCUCAGUCCUCGUCCGGCAAUGGCACCACCACUACUGGUGGCUCUGGCUCUGGUAACGGCACUGCCACCACCACUGGCUCGGUCAAGCCUACUGGCUCAGGCACCUCCGGCUCCGGUUCCGGUUCCAGCUCGGGCAGCGGUUCUGGCUCGGGCAGCGGUUCUGGCUCGGGCUCUGGCUCUGGCUCUGGCAGCGGCUCGGGCUCCAGUGCUUCGGGCACCCCCCGCCCCGGCUCCCCCGCAUCGGGUGCCUCGUCCGUCCAGGGUCUGACCGCCGCCGUCUACGGCGGCCUCGCUCUUGUUGGCGGCGCCUUUGCCCUGCUGUAA